AUGUCUACCGGGCAAAGUCGGCGGAAUGGGAAAGCGGCGUCGUGUGAGCCGUGUCGCAAGGGCAAGAUCCGCUGUGAUCACCAGCGUCCAACCUGUGGUCGUUGCCAACGUCGUGGCUUGACUUCUCAAUGCUUCUAUCACCCAGCGCCACUGACAAAGCCUCGCGGUACUGGGUCCGGCUUCGCAGGAGCCCAUGUCUUCAACAUCGAGUCAAAUGCCCGCCCAGCGAUUACUGCUGAACAGAGAAACCUGUCUCAUGGCCUUCAGGAUGUCAGGGAGCGGGCUCAAGCACCUGAUGGAAGCAGUCAUACCAGUCAGACUUAUGGCUUUCCAUGGCCCUCCUCGUGGGUUGCCAGUCCCGAAACACAUGGGCAGCAAUCGCUGUACUGGAACGUACCGCGAGCCAAGGACAACGAAGCUGAAGACAAGAGACUUCCGGUGAUCAAGGAAGUGCUCAUGUUGCUCAAGCACUUUCGUUUCAUGCAGAUACUGGUUGAGGAAUAUGCUACGCAUGCUCAGGCGUCGCUGGUACCUCAACCGAUCGCGAUGUCGUUCAUGGACUCACUGGCAGACCUUACCACAGCCUAUGCUUCUGCUGACGAUGCCAACGGUAACGACGAUGGCUUCACGCAAAUGGCAAAGAAUGUGCUGAGAGCGACAAGCGCGCCCAUAGAAACACCCGAUGACCUUGCUGGCUUCCUCGCUAUGUACAGCGGAGAUAAUAUGCGACUUGAGACCAUCGGUCUGCUGUACACAACAUCAGCUACAGCGUGUCUAUUGGGAUUAGCACGGGAUGAUGACAGACAUACAGAGUUUGUCGAGGCGAUGUACCGCGGAAGCACAACCUGCCUCCAUCUAGUCAGAGAUAUCUCUCCUGAGAUCAACGAUAUCAUGCUAUGGCUAUCCUUUGAGAACAUGCGAUUGACUACGCAUACAGAAGGCGACUCAAGCCCGAUUGUAUGGCGCAAGCUGGGCGAUGUCACGACAGACAUCUUCGCAGCUGGCUUCCAUCGCGAAGCUAAGAACACAUCGAAGACCCCAUUCUUCCUGGCAGAAUGCAGACGCAAAGCAUUUGUCGCUGCAUACCAGCUAGACAAAUUCAUUGCCACUCUGCUCGACUUACCGCCCAGGAUCUUACGCCGUUAUUCGGACUGCAAGAUGCCUCUUGAAUUGACUGACCAGGAACUCUUGUCUGACGCUGGCGAACUAGCGCAAGCUCGAGCGAAGCUGAGUCCGGAUGGCUGGAGCCCAGAUAAGCAAUAUAUCCCUGCGACAUGGCAAAGGCUGCGCUUUCAGCUGGGCAUGCUACGAGAGGACAUUCUGGAGUAUCCGUUUCUGCCUCCCACUUUAGAGAACAAUGCUGCGCUCAAGAAUCUCGCACGACGGUGUCAUCAAACAUACGACUCAUUACCGUCGCACCUCAAGUACAAUCCUGAUCAAUGGAAUACAAUCCCACCGUCAGCUUGCCUUAUGUUGACCGUCAUGCGCCUGAACUACCUCCAAAGCUGCUUCCAAAUUCAGCGUUUACUCGAAGACACGGAACCUGAUGCAUGGCCAGAGCUCUUGAGAAUUUCGGCAGAGACGGUGGCAACCGUUCUGCAGAUAGGAAAUUGCUUAAACAAGGCGAUCUUCAUGAGGCACGACUUUCCGUAUAUUGUCCUAGCAUAUGGCCUCCCCAGCGCCGUGAUCCUAGCCUACGCCCUUCAAUCCCGAGCACGUGGCAACGUACGACAAGCUCUUCCCUCCGACCUUAGCCGCGCCAGCCUGAUUCGCCAUCUUUCAGUCUUCGUCUCUCAACUCGAAAGCAUCUGCGCCUUCAGCGAGAGGAACUACACCAUCUGCAUCCAGGCCUCGAAAGCCAUAACGCGCGCACUGGAUGAAGUCCUCGACAUGCCUGCAACACCUGCCGCUGCGAUGUCCAAUCCAGCACCACAAACACCGGUAUCUGCGAACGAGAACAGCACCGCGGGACCAUUGGCUACACCUGCGCUAUCUGCUUCACAACCGGUCAUGCUCGACACUGCUAUGAACGUUGAUGCGGACCUCAUUAGUGGCGACUUACUAGAUGGGUUUGAUUUGUCAUCAUGGGUGAAGAACAUAGACUGGACAGGGACAGGAGGCGAAUGGAGUACCUUCUAG